AUGCGUGUGACAGUUGUUAUGUAUUCGUUUGAGAUAUAUCUUGUAAAGAAGUGGGUUACCAUGGUGAGCGGCUUUGGAGCACCACCUACAGACCUCUAUGUAGAGGUUUACUCAGAUAAGACUUGUGGUGUGUUCUGUGGUGUACUGGUUAGCAUACAUAUUGGCCCAUGGGGAGACGUGGGUUUCGGACGAUGGGGACACAUUACUUCUACCGAUUUACCACCAACUUCUUUACAUACGUGGAUUAUCAAUACAGAGUGCUCCAAAACUAGUUCACAAAGAGCAUUGUGCCUUCUAAUACAUAGAGGAUCGUCGCCACAACCCAACACGUGGUCUUCAGAUGUGUCGAUAACAAAUCCACAAGGGCGUCUUGUAAAGUUUGGUACAGGUGGAAAAAUGGAAAUUCUGAGGCAGUACCGCAGUGAAACUAUGAACUCCUGUGAGGGCAUGAUCAAAUCGGUGAAGACAGGUUCUAUUUUUUGGUCUGCCCUUACAGCUCUCUCUUACAUGUAUAUGGUGUCGGCAUGGGGUGGAUAUGUAUUUAUUAUCAACUUGAUUCCUCUUCAUAUUUGUGUGUUGCUGCUGAUGGGAAGAUAUUCUAAGCGAAUUCAUAUUGCAUAUUCAGUUUUUUAUAUUCUUGGUCUGCUGUUCUCAAUGCAAAUACCAUUUGUUGGCUUUCAGCCAAUUCGGACAAGUGAACAUAUGGCAUCUGCAGGUGCAUUCGUGUUGAUUCAAGCUGUUGGAGCAUUUAUGUUUCUUCGUUCUCUUAUGACCUUUCGUGAUAUUCGCAAACUUUUUUAUGCCUUGGUUGUGGGAUCGGCUGGUGCUGUCUUUAUUGCAGUAAUAGGCCUUACAUAUGCUGGUUAUAUUGCUCCCUGGAGUGGUCGUUUCUAUUCAUUGUAUGAUACUGGUUAUGCAAAAAUCCACAUUCCUAUUAUUGCAUCAGUGUCGGAGCAUCAGCCAACCACUUGGGUGUCUUUCUUCUUUGAUCUUCACUUUUUGGUGUGCACUUUUCCAGCGGGUGUGUGGCUCUGCAUUCGACAGCACAACGAUGAGAGAGUUUUUAUUGUUCUCUAUGCUGUGUCAGCUGUGUAUUUUGCGGGAGUGAUGGUUCGUCUCAUGUUGACAUUGACACCAUGUGUUUGCAUCCUCUCUGCUAUUGCCAUCUCAAAGACACUGGAUGUGUAUCUUUACACUGAACCAACAAAAUCAAAGAAAGAGAAGACUGAUACAGAAGCAGAACUAGAAAUCAACCCUGUUAAAGACAAAAAAGACAUGUACAAACAGGUGAAACCUAAGAAGGGAGGGAAGAAGGAGAAAUCAUCUGAUGGAAGUUGGGAGGAUGAAGGAUUACCACAGAAUAUUAAGUCUUUUCCUGUGAUGGCUAUUAUUAUGCUUCUGCUUCUGUUUGCCUGCCAUGCUACAUGGGUAACCAGCAAUGCCUAUUCCAGUCCGUCAAUUGUUUUAGCAACCAACAAUCAAGAUGGGUCAGUAAACUGAUAGUAAGCGUUAAUGAGUGUGGUCAUCUACGUUGGAUUUGAAAUAUGACAAUAAAUGCUGUAGUAUAUAGUAUGUAUAAUUAUAGUGAUGACCAGUGAAUGGCUUUAUUGUAAAAUUUAUGUGUCUUUUAUAGUGCUUGUCU